UANUACACUGGUAUCAUCCGCAAAGAGAAUAGGGGUGGAAACCUUAUUUAGGAUUAACGGAAGAUCAUUGAUAUAAACUAGAAAAAGCAAGGGCCCAAGAAUGGAACCCUGGGGGACUCCAUGAGAAAUUUCACCCCAGUUGGAAUAAGUACUUGAGCUAGAAUGUUUUGAUUGUAAUCUUAUUCUUUGAAACCUACCAUUCAAAUAAGAUGCUAUUAAUUUGUGAAGUGGGCCAGAUAUACCAUAAAAUUCCAAUUUAGAUAACAAUAUCCCAUGGUUAACACAAUCGAAAGCUUUUUCCAGAUCGCAAAAUAAUCCUCCCACACUAUGCCCAUCAUUAAGGGCUUGGAUUAUCUCCCUUAUUGGGCUGUGCAAGCCACUCCUCUGAAUAAUUCAUUUUAUAGGGUAGGGCAGGAGAUCCGAAUGGAACACAUGUAUGUUUUGGGCCUCCGUGAAUGUUUCCGACAAAUACUAUAGGUGUAUUGUGAUUGGUGCACACGGGGAGUCGGUGCGAUCGCUACUCAUAGAUGGCGCAUGUUCAUGAUUCCCCUUCCUCUAUCCCAAUUGCUUGGGGGUGAACCGUGGCAUCCGUGGUGAGGCGAAGACCAUCACCGACAAAUCACAGAGUACAAGAAAUUGUUAAAUGUGAUGGAAGACGGAACUUGUGGUAUUGCGUUUGGUAGUAAUUUAAAUAAUGUCUCUCAGCAGUUUAGUAUUUCUGCAGUGUCGUUACCACAAGUAUCUUCAGGUGAUGAACGAUCAGGAAAUAGGAUCGACACUGUUACUGCUGCUAAUGAUUUACUGGAAAACGGGAUUUUGGUGGAAACGAAUAAAGGACUUGUUUGUUUAUCGCUGAAAGAUGCCCUCAUAUCAGGUGUUGGAGGUUUAAAUCUUUCUGUUGAAGAUUUUCAAAAUGUUGCUGCACAGCUUCUUACCCAACAAAAUGUAGAAAAAGCUACACCUGAGGAAUCACCAACACUCACUUUGGGAGAUGUAAUGCUCAGUGUCUUGCCUGGCACUUCACAAGUUUACAAUGGUAAUGGAAAUCUGGAAAUUGUGCAUAGUUCUUCGUCUCUUGAAGUGCAGAUUGAAUUGCCACAGGAUUCAACGAAAACUGAUGAGAAAGGACAAAAGAGAUUAACUGGGAAUAACAUUUCAGUAAAGAGAAAAGAGACUGAGCCUAUUGUGGCUGUCAUGUCUUCUACCAGCAUGGUUCCAGAACCAUCACUUUGCAUGGUCCAAACUUCUGAUGUCACAUCUAGUCAGCAGCAGAAAAAGCGUGGUGGAUGGCCAAAAGGUAGGAAACGUAAACCCGAGCUGUCAGAGAUGCGCCCUCCCAAAGCUCCAGCCACAGGUUAUGUUCUCUACCUCAAUGAGAAGAGGAAACAGUACAAGGAUGUACCUUUUCCAGAGGUAACUAAAUUACUGGGUAAUGAAUGGAGCAAACUAAGUCUAGAGGAGAAGCGAAUCUACUUAGAACGUGCAGAAGUGGAGAAGAAACGGUAUCGGGAGGAGCUCAAAGCGUAUCGUCAGUCAGAUGCAUACCAAUCAUACCUGAAUAAAAAGCGCACAAAAAAUCUCCAGGGGAAUGGAACUGAGGAAUCUGAUAUGGAUGCUACUGAUGAGAUAGAGGAUGAAGAUAAUGAAGAGCUAUACUGUCGAACGUGUGAUCAGUGGUUCAGCUCACUUCACAAUAAAAAGGAACAUUUGUAUGGAAGGCAGCACCUUCAGUCAAUAGCAGGGGACUUCACUAAAGAACGUUUAGCCGCAGAACAAGAUGGAAAUAUAUUGGGCACAAGUUCACAUUCCAUAUCAACUUCGCUGGAUGAAUCAAGUCUGGAUGGAGUGCCCACAGGCCGUUCAGGUGGUAGGGCAGCAGGCAGAAACAAACAGCAAGAAAACUGCUCUGGGGUGGGACCACCUAAUUUGACUGAUGCUAUUACAAGGUUCAUGGAAACAACAACAGAGCGUGAGCGCGAGAUUAAAGUGUUGGGUCAGCGGUUGAAAGAAAUGCAGAAAAGCAAUGCAGACCUCUUGAAGGAAUUGGGAGAACUCACAGAACGAGAGACAAGACUGCAGGAAGAUAUGGAAAGUGAGAAGGAAGCAGAAAGUAUUAUGGAGCAACAACUGUAUAAUUUGUGGAUGGUCCCCACCAUGUCCUAUAUAAGCUCAGAGGUGGAGCAGGACUCUAGUGAAACAAUUCCAGUCUUGAUAUGCCUUCCAGAUGGAUCAUAGCCACUGGUGUGUAGACACAGCACUAAACAUACUUGUACUGUAUUUCUUUUCAGUUACUAUUUGUGUAAGAAAGAAUACACAGAAUAUUUACACAAGGACCUUGCAGAUUUUUGUGAAAUAAGAAGCCAAAUAUAAAUCAUAAAGGUAGAAUCUACUGACUUUGAACUCCCUCUAUUUGAUUAUUUACUUCCUUAAUUUUUGUUUAUUUGUAAUAACGAUGUCCUGUGCAUGCAGGAAGGUAUAAGUCUUAGAUUCAUGAAAAACAGCUUAUGUACCAUUACAAAGUUGAAUGGAAGAAAUAAAAAGAGUAUUUCAUGGU